CCCCCUUCUCCUCUACGCGACCGAAGCCCGACCCCAGCUCUCCCCUUACCCAGUCGACGAACACCAGCCGAGACCGCCUAGCAGCCACGACCACCGCCCUGCCGCCGCACCUCCGACCCACCCCGCGACCGACGCGUCCGCCGAGACCGCCGCUCCACCAACCACCCGCUUCUCUCUUCUCUCUUCUCUCUUCUCCAAGAUGCCACCAAAGAAGCGAACCAAGAAUGUUGGCACCAGCUCUAGUCGGGCCACAGGUGCCCGAUAUCAGCCUCAAUUCCCGAAGGACGAACAAAUGAUCACAUACCUCGAUUUGCUGAAAAAGGAGGUGGGCACGUUUCAUUAUCCUGAUGAGCCCACCUUGACAGCCGCUGGGCUUCAUGAUGAGGUGAUGACGCUACUCCGUCGGGGAUGGUGGCAACACCUUUUCUUUGGCAUUCGAGAGACCACAUACAAAGAAGUAACUUGCGAAGUGUUGGCCACAAUUAAGGUGCCUCGAUCUAUCAGUUUCUCCGAUAACCACCGACCCCUAAUCAAGUUCCGGGCCUUCAAUGAGGACCAUGCCAUAUCCAUUUACAACAUCCAGUGGCACUUAGGUUUUACCCGGAUUGAGGAUAGAGCAGAUAAUGAAGCAGGAUUGACUGAUUUUCCACGAGAUGUAGACCGCCAGAGGUUUUGGGAGAGCAUUUCUAGAGACGGCGGCACUUAUGACCCCCGGGACACCCCUAGCACCUUGUUAUAUCCACGGGCGUACAGAGUUAUCCAUUCCCUCCUUUCAUCCACCAUCACUGGGAGGGCCGAGGUAGCAGGCAAGGUCUCCACUACAGAUCUUUUGUGCCUUUAUUGCAUGAUCCACAACAAGCUACCACACAUGGGUGCUAUCAUUGCCGACCUCUUCCACCGUCAGUCUACCUACAAGAUCAAGGCUAUCUUUUCUGGACCCUACAUCACCUGCCUUCUGCGUGGGAUGGGUUACGGCGACCACUUUGUAAACAUGGAUGAGAGUUCUUACUAUGCGCCGUUGACUAAGCUUCCAGAGCUGAACACCGGAGUGGCCAGAAGGAGGCGCCUAGCAGAGCAGCCAGUUGAGGGAGAGCAGAGAGUACCGCAUCAGGCGGGGAUCCAUAUUCAGGAGGGCGGCGCAGCUGGCCACGUUGAUGAUGAUGAUGAGGAGCACC